GUGAAACAAAUGCACGCGAGCCGGCUGUGACUGUUACUUCUUUUUCGCCCUCCUUCCCUUCGCCCCUUUUUAAUUUGUGUGCCUUGAAAAGACCGGGACAUUGUGAGCGCAGAACAAUCGCCGGCGCGGAUCACUGUGAAACAUGUGCUGUUUAGGUAACAACAAAGUAUCCCCGUAGUUCACACAGAGACACUUGUGGCAGCUUGUUGCCAAUUAUUUGCGACCAGUUGCCUAUCGCCGCCGGUGCUGGAGACCGCGCCGAUGGAAUGCGACGAGAACACGGCGCCCGGCUCCGGAUCAGCCGCUGACAGGGGCUGCCAUGGGAACGGAGGGACGUGCCGGCUGAUCCCGGACACCGGCCUGGCCAGAGACCGCUGGAAGCUGCUGCAACGGGUGUUGAAACAGAAGAGCAUAGAUAAAGAAAAUCUGCAAAAUGUUUCUGUCAGAAGAUCUUUGACUUUCAACAUAUUUUGCACAAAUGUGGUGAAGAAAUCAGAGGCAGAUUCUGAUAAUGAAAUGUGGGUAGAGUACACAUGCAUUCCCUAUCCCCAGUAUAGGGUGUAUUUAAGACACAGUGUUGGUCCCCUGAAUGUUGAAGAUGUUCUCACCAGUUUUGACAACACCGGAAAUGUCUGCAUCUGGCCUUCAGAAGAGGUAUUGGCUUAUUACUGCAUUAAACACAGUGACAUAUUUAGAGGCCUUGCAGUUUGUGAACUGGGAGGUGGAAUGACAUGCUUGGCUGGUCUCAUGGUUGCUAUUUCUGCAGAUGUCAAAGAAGUUCUAUUAACUGAUGGGAAUGAAAAAGCAAUCAAAAAUGUUGCUGAAAUCAUUGAAAGAAACAAAAAACAUGGGCUAUUCAAGUCUGGUUCUGUUACAAGCCGCAUAAUGCGAUGGGAUAAUGAGGUGGAUGUGUCUCUCCUCGAAGGACAUUUUGAUGUCAUUAUCUGUGCUGAUUGCUUGUUUUUGGACCAGUACAGAGUCAGCCUUGUUGAUGCAAUAAAGAGAUUACUCAAACCCAAUGGAAAAGUGCUUGUAUUUGCCCCUCAGAGAGGCAGUACUCUAAACCAGUUCUGCAGCCUUGCAGAAAAAGCCUGUUUAACUGCCCAGAGGCUUGUGAAUUACGACGACCAUGUUUGGAACUUUCACCUCAAGUUCAACCUGGUGAGUGUCUGCUGCCUAUUAUCUUCCUGCUAUCAUCUUUUCAUCAGUGAAGUGAUUUCCCCUUUAAUCACCGAGGCUGCACUAUUUCCUCGAUAUUUCAUAUGAAAAAUGAGAAAACUGAGAGAUAUGAUGAGAACCUCCACUAUCCUGUGCUCAUCACUCUAACUAAGCAGGGAACAGCGAUCUAUCCUCACCCAAGCUGACCGUGAAUGGACUGAUGAUUUCUUUCGUUCUUCUAGAGGUCACUCAUUAGUACAAAAGCACAGUUCACUAUUGUUUUCUCCUAUUAGGGAUUAUAGAAAGAAUAGAUUGUUUUUUGUUGAAGAGUAUGUGAGAUUCCACCAGUGUAAACUAACCCCACAAUAUCAGCAGAAUUUGUAACGUUCCACAUUUCCCCCAAUUAAAGCAGUUUGCCUCAGUGAAGGUGCUUGUAGACAUGGAAUUGUUUUUCUCUCUGAUUGCUUUGCUGUUCAAAAUGCAAAGUCUUUUAUUUUUAAGAUUUCUUUUCCUAAAGACAUUUUCUUAUCUAAAGAAUAUUAUACUCAUUUAUUUUUCAAUAAAGUUUGUUUUUAAAAGUAAUCUUAAUUAUUAAUAGGAUUCUGAAAACUUUUUUUUCACUCUUUUGGCAUAACGCUUGUUUGAAGCAGAUGUUUAAAGCCGAGGUGCUUACUGGUUAGUUUAACUAUCAGUGUAAACUUGAGUACGUAACAAGGCUUGUCCAGCCUUCUGCCCCUCCCUUCCAAUUAUGCAUGAUUCGCCUCAAUGCAUUGUGUAAAGAUGUAGGAGUGUGCUGAGUGGUUUUUCUCUGUUGAGGUGCAAGGAAUCCUGGAGUUCCUUACCCUUUUUUAAGAGAAUGAACCAUUUGCAAUAUUUGGUUCUAUCAACUCACUGUGGUAAUGUUUUUUUAAAUCUAUGCUUUGGGAUUAUUAUUGUUAAGACUCGAUUUGAUGAAAUUCCCAAAGUGAUACUUAAAUAUUUCCAUAUUACAAAUCUCAGGAAAAACUCUGCUGCUACACACAUUCACAUUGAAAGUGGCACCAAAUAUCUUAAUACCGGUGAAGAAUGCCUUGAUAGUUAUUUCUUAUAUCCAAAUGCUGUUUUGAUUCUAUCUUUUGAAUGAAGUUAAAACUUAGAGAUGUGCACAAUUACAUUUUUUUUUGCUUUUGCAUUCCUGUUUUGUGCUUUUCAUUGCACUUUCUUUGUCUUUCUCCUUUCCCAUUGUUAAGCAGGAGCUGAAAGAAGGGCUUAGCAGUUAAUACUGGGAUCUAGUUGUAGUGGUAUAUACAGUAGCAGAAUUCAAGAAGCUGAGCAAAUGAUGGAGGCUUAGUGUUGCAAACUGAGAAGGAAAAUUGUUUUUAAUUAGCACCUUGGUAAGAACUGCUGAUUAUUAGCGAUUGGUUUUGUGAAGAGCUUUCAGCUGAGUAAUUUGUGCAGCCAUUACAACAGUUUUGUCAGAGCUCCUCUCCUGUUGUUAAACACAAACAGCAGAUGAUAACGGCCCAAGAUGAGUUUUUCAAGUAACAAUUUACAUUACUGAAGAAGUAUCAACUGUAGUGAGGUGCAGCUCCUAAAGAGCUAGAAAGGUGUUUAAAGCUGCAAGGAAAAAAAUGGUUAAUUGUCAAGAUGACUUUUAAAAAAGAUUUUGCAAAAAUUUCCAUUACAGUUAUAAUUUAUCUAUAUGCAAGGAAGAGUGUAUACAUAUAAACUUAUAUGUAUACUGUAAACUUAUCAUUUGGCCAUAUGGGGUUUGCCCUGAUCCAGCCAAGCAAAGCAGCAAUCAGUGCCUCCGACUGAUAAAGUUUUUUUAACAUUAUUCCAGGUCCAAAGCAAAUUAAGUGAGCAUAGAAACCUCAAAGUAAAUCUUGCACUGUACUGAUGUGAAUGAAACACUGUGCAUCCCAUGCAGUACAAACCGUCAACUCAACUUUGUGGCAAUGGUCCCAGUAUAAAAUUUGGUGGGUGGGGUGGGCUAGAUAAAUAUCUGAAAUUCAAUGUGGUUUCGGAAAGUGGGGACCUUCAGUGAUGGAUGUCAUUAAGUGCUUUCAUCAUAAUAAACUUUAAACUGUUGGCUUUAUGAAUUGCAGGGCAGUUUUGCUUUUGCUCAGAAAGGGAUUGCCGUGUCUUAAGUGUGACAAACCCUAUUAGGAAUUGAGGCUGUGCUUCAAGCAUACUUGGCUUUUCCACUCCCGGUAUGAUUGUUGCCUAUUAGUCAGCAUCUGGGAAGAUUUUCCUCUGGCAGUCUUAGUUCAAGAGCUUUCUAGGCUUUGACCUGGUUUUUUCAAAGCAUUCUCUGAGGAAUUUUCUAAGAAGUGAAUGCCAGAGGAUUUGUGGCCUCUUUUUAUUAAUUCCAUUUCAAUUUUCUAACCUAGUUAUAUAUAAAAAUAAGACUUCUAAUGUUUCUUGAUAAUUAUUUGUUCACUGUUCCUUUUGAUGCAUUCCUAAAAUGAAUGAUUGUGAAAAUAAGAGUAAAAUGUUGAAGGGUUUUGAUUUUUGGGGAUGGAAUUGUUAAGCUGAACUUUCCAUAGAUCUAAUGUAAAAUGCCAUUGUCUAGUGAAAUGAGCAAGUGUUGUUAAUUUCAUAUUCGUAUACUAUCAAUCCAAUAAAUGUAUAUAAAAUAUUUAACAGGGAAAUGUGGAACAGGCAAUUGAUUCUAUUCAUGAAGAAAACCUAAAAGCCGCAAUCACAAUUGACUUAUCAAGGUCUUCUCUGUAACUGGAAUCUAUUCUACAUUCCAGUAUCUCACUGAUAAUAAACAUGUAAAGUUAAUUAAAUUUGUAUUAUCUUUGUCU